AUGCUUUCAGAAUCCGAGGCCAUCGAGUUCGCGAACUCGCCUCUAUCAUUCUACGAACUCCUCAACCUCGAAACCACAGCUCAAGCCAAAGACGUUCGUCGCGCGUACCGAAAAACCGCGCUUCAAUACCAUCCAGACAAGAAUCCCGAUAACCCUUCCGCUGUCGAAAAAUUCCAUCUCCUUACCGCCGCUCAAGAGAUCCUUUGUGAUGUUGCACUACGCGCUGCAUACGACAAUGCUCUCGCUGCAAAGGUUGCCAAGAAGCGACGCGCAGAAGCGUAUGAUAGCAAUAGACGACAUAUGAAAGAGGAACUCGAGGCUCGAGAGAAUAGCUUUAAACGACAAAAGACCGAGGUCGACGAGAAGAAACGAGAGUUUGAACGACUAAAGGAAGAAGGCAUUAGGAGGAGAAAGGAGAUGGAUGAAAGAAAGAAGAGGGAAGCCGCUGCUGAGGAAGAAGAGGAGGAAGAGGAUGCCGCAAAGAUGGAAAUCGACCAGGACGACGACAAUGAGGAAGUUGUAGUCGGAGAAUCGAAGUUUUCGGAGCUGGAUCGAACACUGAAGGUUAAAUGGAGGAGGAAAGGAGCUGGCGAGAUGAUGGAUAAAGCGGGCUUGGUUGAUCUCUUUGGCCGAUUUGGGAAGAUCGAUGAGUGCGUAGUGGUUUCUGGGAGUGCUGAGAAAGAAAAGAAGUACGCCAGUGCCCUGCUGAUAUUUCACAAUAUCGCACAUGCGUAUGCUGCUGUUCACCGUGACAAGAAGGCGCUAGAAGAAGAGGACGAUGAAUGGGGGAUAUUCAGGGAUGUAGUGUGGGCAUCAGGCAAGGAGCCUGACUUGACGUUCAAAAAGUCAUCUAAAAUGGCAGAGAAACAGAAGGAGGCACCACCGCCGCCAUCCAAACCGCAAGGGAAAGAGACACAGUCAAAUCCUGAAGGGAGCAAAGACGACAAGCAAGACAAGUUUCCGACAUUCUCAAAGAGCUACAAACCUACUUCGAAGUCCACACCAUCAUUUAGUUUUAAAGCAUCUUCAUUCAAAAAGCCGACAGCAUCCACAGAUUCAUCAAGUCGAGCAGAUGAGAUGGACUUCGAAUCAGUCACUUUAAUGAGGAUGAAAGCCAAAGCAGCCGAAAGGCGUCAAGCGGAACAGCAAAAACUAACAGAAGAGCUGCUGAGACGAGAGGCUGAAGAAGAGAAAACCGAUUGA